AUGUCUCCAAAGAAUUUAACAAGGGCUGUGAUCCCGGCCAUCGACUUAUAUUGCCGCAAAGCAAACUUCAAAACACUAAAAUUCCUGUCGAUGAUCCUUGGUAGUAAAAAGGAUUGGUAUGACAAUACAAAGGCGCCAGUAAGAAACUUUUUGGUCUCUCGAUGUGCUAUUUUCGAGCAAUUGAGGACUCAUCUGAUUGAUGAGGGAAAAGUCAGCCUAUUUGGUAUUUUUUUGACUAAUGAUUCGUUUUCGUUUUGCAAGAUGAUUGUUGAUGACAAGUUCAAUACUAGCCUGAUCAAUUGGCGAAAAAUAGCGUUCGAUUAUACAUUUGUGACUGAAAGAAGACAGCACAUUAGCUUGUUACCUACUGAUACACUUUUUGCGACUGAAAAAAUCAUAUCACUUCUUGGUGUAUCUCCUAACAUGGCAAAUCUUGUUUCCAUAGAAAGACAGCGUACGGCCCUGAUGGAUUUUAGUUGUAAAUUAAAACUAAAUAUCCUAGAACACUUAUUGUAUGCGAAGUGCCAAGGAGUGCAGGCAACUUCCACUGAUGAAAAAGCUCGACUGCUUGCAUCCAUAUGCAAUCCCGAAUUCAUAGAUUCCUUUUGGUGCGAAUUGACCCCCAUAAGAGCCUCGUUAAAGGAAAAUCCUUCCAUUUCUGUGCCUCAAGAAUACCAGAUCUACGAUCCAGUGAUACGUGCCACUAUAAAGGAGGUUGUCGCCAAACGGCUACUACGAUCUGCCUUCGAUAACGACAUCGACCCGCUGAUGCGUUUGCAUUUGGAUAAAGGUUGGAAGUUAAAAUUUCCCACUUUGUCCUCGACAAGCGACCUAAGUUUCUCCUUGAAGGAUUGUCUUUCCUUGGAUACAGGAAGAGAUACAAGUGACAUGACAGAGGUGUUCCUCUCUACUAUGGCGUCGAGUGAGACCCUUCGUACCUACAGUAACCUGGUUGACAUUGUAAUGAAGGACAACGGUAGAUUCAACUCAGACAUCCUAAAGCAAUUCAACGAUUAUGUCAAGCAAGAAAAGCUCAAUCUACAAAAUUUCCAGGCUGGCUCCUCAGAGUUCCUUAAAAACGUAAAUGUAUAA